AUGUCUUCGUCCACUUCCACACCACAAUUACCUCCGCCGACGCCUUCGUCGUCUUCGACAGGCUUUCGUGGCAGCAGCAACAGAAGUAGCACUAGUAGUAUCACGAACGGCGAAGGAAAGCUACAGUCGAUACCAGAAGCAGACUCCACUUCCGCUGUAGAUGCCACUAGCAGCAGUAGUAAUCCUGUUAGCUCCGCCAGUAGCAUUGCAAACAAUCCUGGCUCCGAUACGUCAACUCCGACAGCCACUAAACCACAACCUGGACCUUCCUUAUCUCACCGACCGAAUGGUGCCAAUGGCAAUGGUCUUCCCAAAGAUACCGACCAAUCCGAUGGCCGAGGUGCUGUCGUCCGACCAGCUGCUUCUGCUGGCCCUUCGACGCAACAGCAGCAUGAUAGUCGUAGUAGUGCUGUUUCUGCGACUACUAAUCACACCAAUGCUGGCGCCGCUCCUUCCCAGCAGCAGCAGCAGCCCAAUGUCUCUGCUGUUGCCUCUCUCGAUAUUAAAAGCAAUAAAAUUCAGAAUAACGACCAACAAUUAGCUUCCUCGCUAUCCAGUACAUAUUCUACCUCUCCCUCUCGCUACGAUACUUCUUCAGCUGUACCUUCGGUCGCUACUUCCUCUGCCCAGCCAAUUCCUACUCGGAAAAACUCAAUUUCGGGUCCCUCAAAGUCGCAAUCCUCAUCUCGCCAGUCGUCUUUUCACGCUACCUCGGGCUUUUUCAAGGAUCUGUUAGCGUCCACCACUGCAGCAUUUUUGCCGUCUUCGUCUUCCGGGAAACGACGUCCCAGCAUACCUUUCAGACAUCGCAGGUCCACUUCUUCCAAUUCCUUUUCUGGUCCCCCGAUUUUAUCAAUGGCGGCCAACCAGGUCGAUGGUAAUGGUCGUGACGACCCACCUUUGUUCUCGUCGACUCUAGAGCGAACUGCUUCACAUUCAAGCACAAACACUUCUAACUCUCGCUUUACACAUUCUUCCGUUGUUGGUACUCCGGCGGCUACUUCCUCGGGCCCACAGUCUUAUAAAACCCAGGCUGACAUCCACUUACUUGGUCGGGAUACAAAUAAUCACGGUGUAACUGUUCCUGCUGCUGGAGGAUUCAUUCAACAACCUGCGAUCAUGCCUGCUGCCGCCUACACCCCAUCCAACGGACUCUCUCCAAUUGCUGGUUCUCCGGACGGUGGGCCGACCGAUCCAAAUCCGAUCUCACACAAGAAUGGCCUCCCGAAUCCCACCCCACCGGCUGCGUCCCAGAAUUCUCUCGCUCAGGCUCUUGUGCAAAUGAACGCUGCCUCAGGCCGGAGCACACCCGCCACAGCCUCUUCGCCUCCUAGUGAAGACGGACAAGGUAACGUUCCUACUAAAAGACGACCGUCCGUUUCAACAACUUCAUCGUCUACUCCUAACCCAGCCCCCAAAAUUGGAAGGGUUGGAGUCUGUGCCCUUGACAUCAAAGCUCGAUCGAAACCAUGUCGGCAUAUUCUGAACCGGCUAAUGGUCAACGGCGACUUUGAGAUUGUGAUUUUCGGAGAUAAAGUGAUAUUAGACGAAGACGUAGAAAACUGGCCUACAUGUGACUUCCUAAUAUCCUUCUUUUCAUCUGGGUUCCCUCUUGAUAAGGCGAUUCGUUAUGUUGCUCUCAGGAAACCGUUUUGUGUCAACUCACUGCCGAUGCAAAAGGUCCUCUGGGAUAGGCGACUAGUUCUGCGCAUCCUUGAUUCGAUCAAAGUUCCAACUCCAAAACGUGUAGAAGUGUCCAGAGACGGCGGUCCUUAUCUCUCUCCUAGUACAGCUGCGGCACUCUAUGAGCAUACCGGGAUAAAGCUACCUCCAUCCGGUGAUCCUGCGUGGAAGGCCCCACAGACCGUGGAACUUAUCGACGAAGAUACCAUUAGCGUGGACGGGGUCACUUUGAAGAAACCGUUUGUUGAGAAACCUGUGAGCGGAGAGGACCAUAAUAUUCGGAUCUAUUACUCGAAAGCGCAAGGUGGAGGGGGUCGAAAGCUAUUUCGCAAGGUUGGGAACAAAUCCUCGGAGUAUGACCCUAACCUCACGAAGCCUAGAUCAUCUGGUUCGUUCAUUUAUGAGCAGUUCAUGGUCGUCGAUAACUCCGAAGAUGUAAAAGGCUACACCGUUGGUACCGAAUUCUGCCACGCCGAGACCAGAAAGUCUCCAGUUGUCGACGGUCUCGUUCGCCGCAAUACAAAUGGGAAAGAGAUUAGAUUCGUCACAACGUUGACACCAAUCGAGUCCUCAAUGGCAAUUAAAAUUGUUAAAUCAUUUGGGCAGAACGUGUGUGGGUUUGAUCUGCUCCGUGUCAAUGGCAAAAGCUUUGUCAUUGAUGUGAACGGGUGGAGCUUCGUCAAAGACAACAAUGAGUAUUAUGACAAAUGUGCCGAAAAGCUCAGGACCAUCUUUAUUGAUGUGAAGGAGAAGCGUGCUCCGGGAAGAGCUAGAUCUAAUAGUACUACUAACCAGGCUUCCAUUGAUAGAAGUCAAUCGCAAUCGCGAAUCAAUAGAUUCAGUGUGACGAAGCAGUCUAUCGGGAACUCCCUGAACCAAUUGCUCCACCGAAGCCCGUCAACAUCCCGACUUAGUAUAGAUCGAACAUCCUCGAAAGACAAAGAGCCCCCUAGUCCAGGGCCUGGUACUCCUCCACCCGGCAAUCCAACCCUACUUCAAUCGUCUGCAUCGUCGGGAACACUGCAGGCCACCGAUCCUGUGCCCAUACCACACGCAGUUGGUUCUGUAAGGAGCAACCCGGAAUUGGCCCCAACUGCUCAGGAAGCGCCAGUCCCCGCGGGCCCCAAGCAUACCUGGAAACUAAAAGGCAUGGUUGCUGUUCUUCGACACGCAGACAGAACACCGAAGCAAAAAUUCAAGUUUAGUUUUCACACUCAGCCUUUUGUUGAUCUACUGAAGGGUCACAAAGAUGAGGUAAUCUUGGUUGAAGAAGGUCUCGAGCAGGUUUUGUUGGCUACAGAGGUGGCUUUGAAGGAAGGUAUUGAAGACAGAGAGAAAGUUAGGUUGUUGAGGAAUGCCCUUCAGCGCAAAAUGGCAUAUCCUGGAACCAAAGUUCAGAUCAAGCCUCAGGGGCUCAAGAAGAAGAGCAGUGUGAAACUAAAGGAAGCUUCACCACCAAGAGUAUCACCGGAAGCCCCAAUCAAUCCACCCAGCGAAGCAUUCAUCCCAGACACAGUUCACAACCCAGAGGAAAAUGUCAUCCCAAUCGAGGAGGGUUCGCUGAAGUCGUCGAAGGAUCUUUUACCUGUUGCGAUCAACGAUGAUUAUGUUGUCGACAAGCUGCAACUCAUUAUUAAAUGGGGAGGCGAGCCUACGCACUCCGCCAGAUAUCAGUCCCAAGACCUCGGGGAAAACAUGAGGAAAGAUUUGUUACUCAUGAAUAGGGAAGUUUUGAACGAUGUUACUAUUUUCACAUCUUCGGAGCGAAGAGUGUCAACAAGUGCACAUAUUUGGGCGGCUAGCUUCCUCGAUGUUAAAGAAAUAUCUCAGGGAAGGAUUGCUAUUCGUAAGGACCUUCUAGAUGACAGCAACGCGGCAAAGGACGAAAUGGACAAAGUUAAGAAAAAGCUCAAAACCCUCCUGCGAAAGGGUGCAGAAGCGCCACCUCAGUUUGCCUGGCCAAGAGAGAACUUCCCAGAGCCAUCUGUGGUCAUGCAAAAUGUCGUUCAAUUGAUGAAGUUCCACCAAAAGGUUAUGCAACAUAACUACAAGAAGUACUUCGGUGAGGGACAAGAUGGUAGCCUCAUACCCACUGCCGCUGCUCUACAAGAAAAGUCUUCCAGGUCAGCUCAGCCUACCAGCGGAUCUUCCGGUGCCAUGGCAAGUGCACUUGCCCAGGCUAAUACCACGAAUGCGAUCCAAAGCCGAUGGUGCUGCGGCGAAGAUCCAGCUCUGUUCCGUGAGCGAUGGGAAAAGUUAUUUGUCGAAUUUUGCGAGACAAAAGGGAAGGAGCCAGACCCAAGCAAGAUUUCGGAACUAUACGAUACAAUGAAAUUUGACGCCCUCCACAAUCGACAAUUCCUAGAAACAAUGUUCACACCUUCGUCCGAGAUAAUGGAAGAAGAAGGCAUUGUAGAUACGAGUACUAAUGGUAUCGGAUCGGCCAAUGGGACGUCAGGUAAUCUCGCAGACAGCACGGUUGAGUCGACAGAGGAUGGCGGGAAAGCUGGGGGCAUUCUUCGAACACAUAGACUAGGAAGAAGAAGAAAUAGUCGUAGAGGAGCUAGCCCUCAGGGACGACCUAGUAUCACCGACGACGACGCUUCGGUGAAAGUAGAUAAAUACCGUGGUCCCAUCAAGGACGACUUUCGGCUCACAAAACUUCGGGAACUGUACCGACUGGCGAAGGUUCUCUUUGAUUUCGUCUCCCCGCAAGAGUAUGGAAUCGAUAAUAACGAGAAACUCGAGAUUGGGUUGUUGACUUCGUUGCCAUUGCUCAAGCAGAUCGUCAAAGAUCUCGAACAUGUUCAGGCAAGCGAUACCGCGCAAUCUUUCUUCUAUUUUACCAAGGAAUCCCACGUCUACACGUUGCUCAACUGUAUUUUAGAAUCCGGGAUCAAAACAAAGAUGGAGCGUAAUGCGAUUCCAGAGCUUGAUUAUCUUACUCAGAUAUGCUUUGAGCUCUAUGAAUCCGAAAACAAGAAUGUUCCUGGUGCGACGCCGUGCGAUCCGAAUACUUCCAGCUAUUCGAUACGUAUUAGUAUAUCGCCAGGCUGUCACAGCAAUGAUCCAUUGGAUAUGCAAUUGGAUGCGAAACAUUGUAUUGGAGUUACUCCAAGAAGGAAUCUUAUUGGGCAUCAUGAUUGGAAGGAACUCCUAGCCAGAUUCAAAGAGAAAUUUGAUCGUGUCCAACUUCCAAAAAGAUUCAUACCCAUCAACCUAGCAGAGGAGGACUAA